UCGCGUCUAAGAGCAACCAGCAACAGAACGGAGAAAAGCAGCCAGCGCCCCUCAGCUAUAGCCUCGCUGUUCCCACCUCGUCCCUUCGCUGAUAGGCUGAGAAGUAGGUCUCCUCUGAGCAGCCAAUGAGGCGGUGAAUCAAAUUCCGACCAAUGAAAGACGGCUAUAGGGGAGCUAUGACGCGCGCUUGUGUUCUGGCCAAUGAAAGUACGCAGAGGGAAUGCUGCUCAUUUGCAUAAGGCAGCUAUAAAUACGUGGCACUCGGCUGCUUCCUCUCACUUCGCUUUUUUGUUUUUGUCUCUGCGGCGUUCGGGGUCUGCGGGAGUCGCGCGUUUGCUGCCAUGCCCGAGCCGGCCAAGUCCGCCCCCGCGCCCAAGAAGGGCUCCAAGAAAGCCGUCACCAAGACGCAGAAGAAGGGUGACAAGAAGCGCAAGAAGAGCCGCAAGGAGAGCUACUCGAUCUACGUGUACAAGGUGCUGAAGCAGGUGCACCCCGACACGGGCAUCUCGUCCAAGGCCAUGGGCAUCAUGAACUCCUUCGUCAACGACAUCUUCGAGCGCAUCGCCGGCGAGGCCUCGCGCCUGGCGCACUACAACAAGCGCUCCACCAUCACCUCGCGGGAGAUCCAGACGGCCGUGCGGCUCCUGCUGCCCGGCGAGCUGGCCAAGCACGCCGUCUCGGAGGGCACCAAGGCCGUCACCAAGUACACCAGCUCCAAGUAGAGCGUCUCCCGGAUCCUCAGUUCUAACCCAAAGGCUCUUUUAAGAGCCACCAAGUUUUCAAUAAAAGGGCUGCACUAAUUCUUCAGUGUGAGUUCUUAAUUUACGGUCUGUUUUUUAAGUCCCACUUAAGAUUAAUUUUGAUGAAUUAAUUGUUCUCCAAUAUUGUGUUGGGGAACAUAGACUUUAUCUGGGUAAGAAAUGAUCUGUUAUAACUGAAAUUUCUGUAACUAAAGCUUUUUAUUAUUGUAUUUUCUUUCUAGAUGGUAGUUUCCUUAGUUCUAUUACAGUUCUUCCUAAGAUUGUGAUAUGUAUAUUUUCUCGUGCAAUACAUCGCUAUUAAUUCUAAGUA